UUGAUUUUUCAUUUAUUGCAUUUGAGAUUCAUUCAGAAUGGAGAUUGCACGGAUGACACCGGGCCAUUGGAUUUGGAUAAAUUGUUGCCGAAAAGCGUCAUUGAUCAGUACGAUAUGAGCGCUGAUAUGUGGAGAGAGCGUAUUAAGCGCUGGUGGAUCAACAAUCACGGCCAAUCGAGGGAAGACGCUGAAAUGGAAUAUCUCCGUGUGGCCCAAGAUCUCGAAAUGUAUGGAAUACUAUACUACCCAAUCUGUGUAUGGCAAACAAGAAAGAAACUGACCUACAUCUUGGUUAUUUCGGCACAAGGUCUCGGUAUAUAUAAGGGCUCAAAUCGGAUAACACCGCGGCCGUUCUUUUCAUGGAGCGAAAUCAAAAAUAUUUCAUUCUAUAACAAGAAGGUGCAACAGAUGAAAGCGUUGGCAAAAGAAGAACGAGCUCGUAGACAGAUUUUCUCGACCUUAUUUCAUAUUUUCAUCGUUAAGGAAGCCGCCCGUAAAACCGAGGAGACAGCGGAGCUUCUAGCAGAAAAGGCAAGAGCGAGCGAGCAAGAAACGUUGAUGCUCACAAAAAGAGUGAGUGAAGCGGAAGCGGAGUGUCAUCGGUUACAGAUGAACCACGUGAAGUCAGAAGAGGCAUUGAUGAGGAUGGAACGCAAAGCUCGUGAAGCGGAGCUCUAUGCCCAAAGGAUAUCGAUGUCAUUGGCUGAUGUGAAUACGAAACCGCACUAUGCGAGUCACGCACUCAUCACAGAGCCUACCAUUUGGCCCAUGACAAAUAUGGCCUUGCAAGGCACGCUUUCUCAUCAUCAGCUCAUGAUGUCUGCUGGCUCGCAAGAAGGUGAUCGUGGAGCUAUUUCCGAUCGCCCUGCGAUCCAUGCAUCACAACAUCCUCCUGCGCUCAGUUCAAUGUUUAGAUCAGUGCAACCCAGUUUAGCCCAGAUAAUCCACGCCCCACCUCCAGAUCCUUCGGUUAACCAACGACUCGAGUUUCAUAAUUUGCGAACAGAACUCGAAAAAUCCAGGCACGAUUUCUCUGAAAAAGCACGGUUGUUCAAAGAGAGAUUAGAUGAUUUCCGAAACGAAAUUGAUGCACUGAAAAGAGAAGAGAGGCAGACCGAGCACGAUGUUAUUCAUAUUCAUAAUAUGCAUAAUGGUUUUGAUAAAUUCACAACAUUACGAAUGAGUUCCCGUGGUACUCCAAAACAACGUGUCGAGGUCUUCGAGGGAUUGUGA